CAAAAUUAGGGCUCCUACAAAAUCACAAACUCUCCACCCAACUUUCAUCUUCAAAACUCAUCCGAUUUCAACAAAACUUCAAAAUCACCUCCAGAUUGAAUGUUUAAACAAGAAUUAGGGCAAAAUCAAAAUCACCAUGGCAAAAGUAGUUCAUUAUAUACUAUCUUCAUCGGAUAGUGAAACUGAAACUGAAAUCAAACCUCUUUCACCACCCAAAUCUUCUUCAUAUCCGAUUCUAUUAUGUCCAACCACAAUUUCAUAUGCAGUAGGUCUUGAUCCACAAUCUCAAAAACUUCCAUGGCUUCAACAAUCGUCCGACGUUAUUGAUCUUCACCGCCGCGUAAACAAGUCUCAGGUCUAUACAGGUGAUGCGUCUAAGGUGGCUGAUCAAAGGCGUCAACCGAUGAACAUUGAUUCAAGUUGCAUUGAGGUGUCAGGUAAAGAUUUCGAAAAUCUUCCGUCUAAAAGAACCCGAGGUAGAAUUUUUGCACCUUCUAGUAAGGAAUUGAAUGAUAUAUCGAGUUUUGAUGUGUUGAAUGAUCCGAUUCCUGUGUUAGUUGAUAAAAAUAUGGAUGAGAAUAUUGAUUCUGGUUGUAUUGAGGUGUCUGGUAAAGAUUUCAGUAAGCUUCCGUCGAAAAGGACUAGACGUAGGGUUUUUGCACCUGUUAGUGUACCAGUACCAGCUGCUAGAAUUCCUGAUCUGGUUAGUGAAAAUAGAGUUGAUGAGAAUGUUGAUUUGAAUUGCGUCGAGGUGUCUAGUAAAGAUUUUAGCAAGAUUCCUUCCAAAAGGACUCGGCGUAGGCUUUUUGCACCUGUUAGUGUACCGCCUACGUUGAGUAAUGCGGCGAGGUUUUCUGGACAGAAUAGUGUUGGCUAUGGGAGUGCUGAGAUUCAUGGGAAUCGGGAUACAUCUGUUGGGGAAAAUGUAGGUGAUUGCAAUGUUAAUGUGAAGGAUGGUUUAGGCUUGAGAGUAGAUGGUGAUGUUAUUAUGGGUGAACAUGAAGGGAAUGGGAUUCAACAUCCCACUUUGGUUACUGAAGAGCCUCCUGUUAAUUCAUGGGACACAAGUUUAAACCGUGCAGUGACUCAUGGUGGAUGUGAUAACCCUGUAGGGACAAAUGGAACCGACGAGAAAGUUUAUAUGGAAAGUCCUGAGAUUCAUGGGAAUCGGUAUGCCUCUGUUGGGGAAAAUGUUGGUGAUUGCAAUGUUAAUGUGAAGGAUGGUUUACAUUUGAGAGUGGAUAGGGAUGUUAUUAUGGAUGAACGCGAAGGGAAUGGGCAUCAACAUCCCACUUUGGUUACUGAAGAGCCUCUUGUUAGUUCUUCUGACACAAGUAUAAAGUGUUCAGUGACUCAUGGUGGAUGUGAUAACCCUUUGAGGACAAAUGUAAAGGAUGAAAAAGUUCAUAUGGAAAGUCAGUUAGGUAAGAGAGGUGGUGGUGGUGUUUUAUUUCGUGAUGAAAAUGUAAAAUGGAUCAUAUCUUCCUCCUCGACGAAUAAGGAUUUUGCUAGUGCACCAACUGCAAGUGUUAAUGAUUCUGCACAUCAUUCAGGAACCAAAGAAAAACAGACAAAAUGGGAUGGUGCUAUGAUUCUUUAUGAUAAAUAUGUGAAUAGGAUCAUAUCUCCCUCCCCGCUAAAGAAGGAGUUUGCUGGUACACCCACUGCAAGUGUUAAUGAUUCUGCACAUCAUCCAGGAACUGAAGAAAAACAGACAAAACGUGAUGGUGCUAUGAUUCUUUACGAUAAAAAUGUGAAUAGGAUUAUAUCUGCCUCCCCACUAAAGAAGGAGUUUUCUGGUACACCCGCUGCAAGUGUUAAUGAUUCUGCACAUCAUCCGGCAAUUGGAGAAAAUCAUACGGAACAUGAUAAGAGAGUAGUAUUUCAAGCAGCAGUAGAGGAUCUUUCUCAGCCAAAAGCAGAGGCUAAUUUUCCCGAUGGGCUUUUGACUGUUCCUCUCUUGAAACACCAGAAAAUAGCCUUGGCAUGGAUGGUUCACAGGGAGACAACAAAACUGCCAUGUUUAGGUGGAAUUCUAGCAGAUGAUCAGGGGCUUGGUAAGACUGUAUCCAUGAUUGCUCUUAUACAAUAUCAAAGGUAUAUCAAGUCGCAAUCAAAAACAGGUGACAAAAGUGAUCAUGGAAUUGGAGAAAGUAAUGACCAGCAUAUGUUUCCUAAUUAUGCUGAUCGUUUUUAUAUAAAGAGGCCAGAAGCAGGUACAUUGAUUGUAUGUCCAACUAGUAUCCUUUGCCAGUGGGCCCAAGAACUGGAUGACAAGGUUGCAGAUGGUGCUAAACUUUCUGUUUUGGUUUAUCAUGGAAGCAAUAGGACAAAGGAUCAUGUUAAGUUGGCAAAAUAUGAUGUGGUUCUCACGACAUAUGCAGUUGUAGCCAAUGCAUUUCCAAAGCAGGAGGAUGAAAUUGGCGAUGAAGUAGAUGGUAAGAAAAAAAAUGAUAUUUAUUCGAUAGGGUGCACAAGUGAUCCUCUAGCUAAGGUGUACUGGCUCAGAGUGAUAUUAGAUGAAGCUCAGUGCAUAAAAAACCACAGAACCCGGUCAGCUACCUCUUGCUGUGGUCUCCGAGCAAAUAGUAGAUGGUGUUUGUCUGGAACUCCUUUACAAAACAAACUUGAUGAUCUUUACAGCUACUUCAGAUUUCUGAAAUACCAUCCAUAUUCUUACUAUUCAAAGUUUAGUUCUUCGCUUAAGUCCGUGUCCAGAACCGGAUGUUACAAGAAGCUUCAAGUAGUUUUGAAGACCAUACUACUACGCCGUACGAAAGACACCUUGAUCGAUGGGAAGCCAAUUGUUACUUUACCAACCAAAUCCAUAUCCUUGAUGAAGGUAGAGUUGUCUACGGAGGAGCGGUCCUUUUAUUCACAACUAGAAGCAAGAUCAAGCUCCCAGUUCGAAGAAUAUGAUAGAGCCGGUACAAUUAACCGAAACUACGCAAAUAUUCUGGUGCUGCUUUUGUAUCUUCGCAUGGCUUGUGAUCACCCUUAUCUUGUUGAUAAACCACCUCAUAAACCUGUUGAUAAGACUUCUCUAGAGAUGGCAAGGAAACUCCCGAGGGAUACGCUGUGUAAAUUCUUUAAUUUAUUGGAGGAUUCUUCGGCAGUAUGUGGUAAAUGUAAGGACACACCUGAGGAUGCUGUUGUUACAACUUGUGGCCACGUCUUCUGUCAUCAGUGUGUAGCUGAACAUUUAGUGGGAGCUAGAAAUUUGUGCCCUGAAUUCGAUUGCAAGGUCCAUCUUCGUUCUGAUCUUGUAUAUUCUAAGGCAACUAUAAGCAGAUUUUUUCCUUCUGAGCCUACUAAUAAGGCAACAAGUUCUUCGAAAGUUAUCGAGAACUCUGCAGUUCUACAGCGUUCAUACAAGUCUUCCAAGAUCAAAGCUGCUCUUGAGAUUCUAAAGUCCAAUAGCAAAUCUUCACUUUCUUCUGGAGAUGGUAGCGUUGCAACCCCUGUGAAGACUAUUGUUUUCUCACAGUGGACAUGUAUGCUGGACUUAAUGGAGAUUUCACUGGACGAGUCUGGUAUAAAAUUCAAGAGAUUUGAUGGAACAAUGACACUGGCUUUAAGAGACAAGGCUGUGAAAGAUUUUGUUUCUAAUCCUGAGGUGAAUGUCAUUUUGAUGUCACUAAAAGCAGGAAACUUAGGCCUAAACUUGGUUGCUGCAUGUCAUGUUAUUCUUUUGGAUCCUUGGUGGAAUCCAACUACUGAAGAUCAGGCCAUUGAUCGAGCUCAUAGGUUAGGCCAGACUCGUCCUGUCACUGUUUCAAGAUUAGCAGUUAGUGAAACGGUGGAGGAUAGAAUAUUCAAGCUCCAGGAAGAAAAGAGGGAAUUGGUUGCAUCUGUCUUUGGGGAUGGUAAAUUUGGGGGAUCCGCUGCUCGGCUUACAGUUGAUGAUCUCAGAUUUCUAUUCGGCUUCAGGGUCUAAAGAUGGUCAACUCAUCUAUCUCUCUGCUCACCAUGUCUAUUUUGCUUCUUCUUUUGAAACGGUCACCCAGCAGUGAGAUGGUGUUUGUGAAAACUGAACAUAACACAGGUUUGCAAGUUGCUGCUGAACUUUUUUUUUUUUGUCUAUAAAAGCAACUGUAGAGAAAUCCUCUGGUUCCAUGCUUGAACCAGACUUGAUGUUAAGUAAUUUUGUAAAUCCUUCAUUAGCAUUAGCUACUAGGUAGUCUAAUCCACACCAACUCAUGCAACUUCAAGGCAAGUUCAUUGUAAAUAAUCUCAGAUUCUGUUAACUUUCCUGGUAACUAAAGCUC